UCAUAUUUCACUAGAAUAAAAUCUUAGUUGGUCAAGGAUGAAAAUCAAGCCUUUUAUCUCUAUGGUCUUUCUUUGUGCACUAAUUAUAAUCUCUGUUAUGGAAAUUGAAUCAUCCAAAGAUGGAAAACAAUCCGAUGCAAAAGAAGAAUACAACACACAAGCUCGGAUAGAUGCAUGGAAAGCCUGGAACUAUGAACCAUCACGAUUCAUUUCUUAUGGAAAAAAGAAAGGUGGAAAUGGCUCGGGUGGUUUGGGAUCAGGAGGAAAUGGUGGUGAAAGAGUUACACAUGGUGGAGGUGAAGAAAAUGAAGGUAAAAAAGGUUAAAAAUAUUUGAGAGAUUUAGUAUAUUGUAGAGGUGACAUUAAUAGCAAAAUUGGAGGUCGUGGGAUACCUCCAUGAAAACUAAGUCAGCUUUAGCCCAAUCAAUUGUAGUUAAAUAUCUACUUCCGUAAUUUGUAAUAACAAAACAGAUUACCUCCAUAAUACCUCUAUUGUCUUCACUAAAUCUCCUAAAAUAACUCUAUUUUAGGAGUUAGUGGUAGUUUCAUAUCAUUAAUAAUUA